AUGGGCUCUGCUCCACCCAUGAUGGGUCCUGCUUCACUCAUGAAGACAGAGCCCACAAGAAGGCCUACACGUAAAGGGGAGUUUCUCAUCACCAUUGGUAGCAGACUAGAAGGUAAGGUUGCAGUAAUCACUGGAGGUGCUACUGGCAUUGGUAAAACUACUGCCAUAUUAUUCAGCCAACAAGGUUGUAAGGUAGUUAUUGCUGACAUCCAAGAUGAAUUAGGUCAAUCCGUCUGUGACGAAAUUGGCCCUGAAAUGUCCUCAUUCAUACAUUGCGAUGUAACCAUAGAAGAUGAUGUGAAGAAUGCAGUAGAUGAAGCUGUUUCAAGAUUUGGAAAGCUUGACAUAAUGUUCAACAAUGCUGGAAUCAUUGGUCCACAAAAUGUAAAGAUAAUGGAGAAUGAAAAACUCGAUUUUGAAAGCGUUAUUGCGGUUAAUGUUACCGGUGUCUUCUUAGGCACUAAACACGCUGCCCGUGUAAUGAUACCUAGAAAACAAGGAAGCAUUAUUAACAAUGGGAGUGUAAGUUCAAUUAUGGGAGGGUUAAUCUCUCAUGCUUAUGUAGCUUCAAAGCAUGCAGCAGUAGGUCUCACAAAGAAUGCAGCUGCAGAGUUGGGUAAGUUUGGUAUAAGAGUUAAUUGUGUUUCAGCAUUCGCGGCUGCAUCACCUCUUGCUAGGAAUGCUUUUAAGAAUGAUGAUGAUGAGAUUGAGAAGAGGGUAGGAAAGUUGUGUAGUCUCAAAGGAGUUAGCUUGACUGUAGAAGAUAUUGCUGAGGCUGUAGUUUAUUUUGGUGGUGAUGAAUCAAGAUGUGUGAGUGGUCAUAAUUUUGUUAUUGAUGGAGGCUUUACUGUUGCAACUACCAGCUUUGGUCUGUUCAGGCAGUGAAAAUCCUGAG